AAAUGUCAUAAGUCAGUACAAGCGAGAACUUUAAACAUAAAAUAUAUUUGACAACAAACAUAAAUACAAAAUACAAGAGUUUUAAUCAUGGGAAAAAAGAAGAAUUCUGUAACGGCUUUACACAAGUCGGAAGCCAAUAUCAAAUCCAACAUGAUUACCGAAAGCGAGGCCAAAGACCGUGAGGUCAAGUACUUGGCCCGCCUGGCCGAUGUCUCUGUCAGUGCAGAUUUGGUAAAGAGUGCCGACAGAGAAUUCUAUGAACAGGAAAUUGCCCGUGCGAAGGCAGAGGAGUGGGACCACUACCUGCGCUGUGAUGGACUUCCUCGUCCAAGCCGUCCCGUCGAAGUGCGAACAUUUAUUGCCAAGAUGCGGCACUUUGACGAGAUCGAGACCAACGGGGCCUUGGACUGGGCCCUGUCGGUGGACGAUCGUUCGGUCUUGAACCAGGAUAUGUCCCGAGUGGACAAGACGCGUAACGUCAUGGAGCUCACCAAGGAUAAUCCCGGGACACAUUAUGAUGCAAAUGUGAGGAUGUGUCUGGGUACCUUGAAGCAAAUGGAUGUGAUGAUGGACAACCAGGCGGAGAUGGAUCAAAUGUCGACGAAGCAGCAGCAUGCCGUCAUGGAGGUUUAUACCGAGGUUCAGCAGGAAAUUGAAGAACUUUUCAAUCGCCUCACGUAUCGGGUGUUGAAAUUGCAAGAUUCCUAUAUGGACACAGUGGAUGGCAGGAUAACCCAAUGGAGCUUUAGAGGUAAUCUGUGGGAAAUUGAUAUGUGGGGUCUGCGGAAUGUGCCCAUUCGAUUCGAACACAUGGACUUGCCGGUGAUGUUUGCCGAACUGAAGGCCACAGGCGUUGAUAUUCAGAUACCUAUUUCUGUGCUAACGGAUUGCUUCACCGUUCGCAGUGUGCACACUGAUUUCGACAAUGUGUCGCAUAAAGCCAAAAGUUACGAGCCGGCUGUUACCUACUCGGAAAACUUUCCCAAUGCCGGAAUCGUGGAUGUAAUAGAGUCAAUCCAGAAUGAGUGGGCGAUGCAGGAGGAACUCAAAUUCGAGACGAUGGCUCACAUGGAGCAGAAGCAGCAGGAGUACGAGGACGCGAUGAAGCUAAUCGCCCUGAGGAUUGAGCAGGCAGCCAGGGCCGCCAAGCAAAAUGGUGACGAGAAACCCAAUGUGACAAUACCAAAAGCACCAAAGGCACCACCGAUAUUACUACCGGGUAUGGUACCAGAUGUCUACCAUGAAUUUAUCAAAAUCGAGGACAAAGAGUAUGCCGGAUUCCUCGACGAGGUCUAUCAUCCCAGGCAUCUGAAUAUGCGCGAAUUCGAGAUUAAUCUCCGGGAGUGCAUCAUGCUCGGUGGCAUCUAUUCGGUGUUGAUCAUCCGAAGGCCUGAUCAAACCCAAUUCGAUAGGUUCAACGUCAUCCUGCACGAGGAUGGUCGUGUUCUGUACACGAUGCCCGACAUAAAGGCGGAUGUGAAGUCCACACGCCGCUCGAAUAUUUCGGGAAGGAUGGUGGAAGACUAUCGCGCCUCCAUCUUAAUGCUGGAUGACAAUGAACUGCCGUAUUUCAUCGUUUCGAUGCAGCUGCCCGCCGAUCUCUGCAAGUGGUGUCAGCCGGUCGUGUGUCAGCUUCUCACCGAGCAGGAGCCGGCCGCGAGUAAUCAGGUCUUGGAUAGACCCAUUGGAUCCGAUCCCUUUAGCAACAGCAACACGAAUGCCAGGAUUAGUUCGUCUUUGAGCCAAUCGAGCCUGCAGGGCUCGGUUAAUAUCUCGAAUAUCUUUCGGCCCUCCAUUCGAUCUUUGCUUCGGACUAGCAAGCCUGAGGAAGUUGGAAGAAAUGGGUUAUCCAUUGCGAAUUUCAAGUUGCUGGAGUCACUGGAUGUCGUGGAUGUCAGGAAAAUGGAGCGCCACUGCGUGCCCAGGAUGAUUUCGUCAUUUAAACUGCCUCGCGAUUUGAUCGAUGAAACCACAGAUUUGGAAGCACCCAAGACUACCCGAUGUAGGUUGGUCAAAAGGCCAGAACUGGAGGAAUCGAAGCCCGACCAAGAGAUGUCGCGGAACUUUACCUUCGAGGAUCAAUACGAACCGGAGCGCCUUUUUCCCGUCUUUCCUACUGUAGAACCCAUCAAUUACCAUGAUUACGAACCUGGGGAGCUGGAAGCCCCAUUCGAGCAUACUGGGCUGGGACUAUUAAAGAAGCUGGACCACAUCAAGAGCCAGUAUAUGGGCAGACCCAUCCAUCUUUGGAAUCAGCAGGUAAUGCAUGAUAAGAAAGAUAAGAAAGUUCCAAAAGCACCUGCCCGGCCGAUUGAAACCGCUCCUGCCGAGGAGGAAUCAGCAGAUAAGUCGCAGUCCAGCAAGGCGCACAAACAUAUCGAAACAAAGAUCCAACCGAGAAAGUCCCAAAUAGGAAGCGUUGUGGACAAUGGUUCGGAGGCAACCAUCGAAAUGGUAGACGUGACCCAUUGGACCACGAGGUACAUCAUAGAGCCCACUCUUGACAUGGCAACCCAGAAGAUCACAUUCAAGACGGAUCGAUUGGGUACCUUUGGAUUAGCCUUCAAGCGCUAUGAGCACUUUCCCUUUCGUGAUUGGUCACUGCAACCAAAUGAGGAAAAUCCCGAUGAGAUCAUUUUUACCGUGGACACCUUCCAUGUCCGCAUCUUUUUUUACAUUACAACCCAGGGAGUCCGUGGCUAUGUAACUGAUCUGUCCAAGGCAUAUACUGCCAAGCCCGUUAAAUAUCUGGAGAUUAAGGAACCCAUCUCUGACUUUGGUCAAUUGCGUCAGCUCUUUAUACACAACAAUAUUAAUGUAUUUGCCGAGAACGAUGCCAGUUAUUAUAUCGAAAACGGUUACUUCUCGAUGAAGCACGUGGCAACCGAGCAGCACUCCUAUAACAUCAUGGGUCUCCAUUGCAAACUCAUGAAGUUCUAUCGGUCCAGCUGGAAUAGAUUGGCCUCGCGUCGGGACAUCAUCAUGAACAUGAAGAUUGCCAAGGAUCCUUCCGACUACUCGGAGGCCACCCUUCGGAUUACUCCGGAGCAGACGACAUUCGUACAGGUCACUGAGAAAUGCUCGGAUGACGUGGAUGUGAUCCUGCUGACCUAUACUGAAACUUGGCGUAAUAUAAGCAACUUUAUGGAUCUGCAUCAGGCCAUUACAUCCAUGGUACUUAAUGCCACAGAACUCAGAAAUAAGGAUACGGUUCUUUUACAUUAUGUCACUCGAAUGCUAAAGGAGUUGAGGCCAUUGAGCUUUUCAUAGAAAAAAUUAAUAUAUUUUUGUAACAUCUGU